GCGGGGCCUCUUUUUGCGCCUGCGCAGUGCCGCCCUUCCUUUCUCUCUUCGCUGCUCCUGCCGCCAUGGCGCCCGCGAAGAAGCUGGCGACGAAAGGCGGCAAGAAGAAGAAACAGGUCUUGAAGUUCACCCUGGACUGCACGCACCCCGUCGAGGACGGCAUCAUGGACGCCGCCAACUUUGAACAGUUCCUUCAGGAGCGCAUCAAAGUCAACGGGAAAGCUGGGAACCUGGGCGGGGGCGUCGUGACCAUCGAGAGGAGCAAGAGCAAGAUCACCGUCACCUCCGAGGUCCCCUUCUCCAAAAGGUACCUGAAGUACCUGACCAAGAAGUACCUGAAGAAGAACAACCUGCGUGACUGGCUGCGCGUGGUGGCCAACAGCAAGGAGAGCUACGAGUUGCGCUACUUCCAGAUCAACCAGGACGAGGAAGAGGAGGAGGAGGAAGAUUGAGCAGCGUAUCCCCCCCAAAAAAAACCAAAAGGAUCUAGGGAGAUUUUGUACAUUUUCCUUCAAUAAAAUGCGCCAAUGACGGUUGCAA